GCAACUAUUUAUGAUGGCGGAUGCGUAUGCAAAGAGAAUUAAUUCAAAUGAGGAGCGUUCCUAGUUACGAGAAUGAAAAAACUUUGGAAAAAAAUUAAAGGAAAAGACCGAAGUGGCGAAUCGUCUCCCAAAUCUGGCUCUACGCGAGGAUCUUUGGCUUCUCUGAACAUUUGUUAUGAUGUGAAAGAAAAAGAUUUAGGAAAACUUCACAAAGCUGCAUGGAAUGGCGACGAGGAGAAAGUAAAGCAGCUUGUAAGGAAAGAUCCUAGUCCUUUAGAUAAAGAAAAAAGGUAGAUAUUUUAGUAUUUAUACAUGAAUAAAUUUAAUCACUGUUAUCACAUUAUCAUUGAUUUAUCUUAGUCAUAAUUGACACCAUUUGUGUAACUUUACGUACCCGGUAUCUUGAAAGAAAUUUUGAAUUGCCAAAAAUGAAAUGAUGAUGAUGUCUAAUGAUACUAUUGAUACUGAUACUUAUACAACCUUUUAAAAUGGUCUGCUCUAAAAUCUGUGCAAAAACACCAAUUUCAUCUUUCUGUCUUUUAUAGAAAUGAAGUUAUGAUUUUAUUUAUUUUUUGUUGAAUUUUUUAAACCCUCUUUAUUUAUCUUUGUCUUUAACUGUGAAAACUUGUAACUAACUUUCCCAAUUUCUGCCUUAUUUUGCACACAAUUUUUUUGGAAGUGUCUGCAUGUCCGGCAAACGGACGAACAAGUUCUCGAGAAAUUCGUCCGGCUACUACGUUACAUGACUUGUCCGAAAUACUGAGAGCGAGAGAGAAAGGAUAAAAAUGAUAGUGAUGGUGAUAAAGAAUUAAAACGGGGAGGUCGAUAGUUCACAAAGAAAUAGACCCUACAUCUUAAUAUAGGGCCAACAUAGUGUGCUGCUGGGGUAGCCUACUUCUCACGCAAUAUUAAUUGCCUAACAUAAAACUUUUUUGACGUAGGUCUAUUGAAAGUCAACUGGCAGGUAUUGGUCUUAUUUUGUUUCGUUCAUAUUUUAAAUUUAGGCUACUAGGUAGAGCUAUAUAAGAUAUUUAAACUAGAGACGUAGCUGGGGGGGGGCAGAUGUCCCUGGGCACCAGACUAGUUAGGGACGCCAAAAUGUGCUUUGAUAUUAUUUUACUGAUAAAAAUAAUGGGUUUCAGAGUUGAAAAAAGAGUGGGGGGAGUGCUUUAAAAUUAAUCUUGUCUCUGGGCGCCAAACACUCUAGCUACGCCUCUGAAUUAAACCAAUAUAAUGGAUUUUUUUUUUGAAGAGUCGAAUUCAAAAAGACUACUGUAUAGUUAUAUAGGCCUACUAGUAUUAUAAUAGUUUUAAUUCAAAGUCAAAAGUUUAUGAUACACUUUAUUUAUCACAGAGCAUUUGAAAGUAUCUCAGAGCAUUUGAAAAUAUUACUGUUACGCACUGGCUUCUAUUGUAAGAAAUUAAUCUCCUAUUUUAAAUUGAUGGCUGGUUCAAACAGUGCAUAACAAAGGAUGAUACCAUAGAGAAAUACCAAUAACAAAAAUACGACACCCAAAACAGUAUCAAUUACAAUUAAUAAGAUUUAAAUUAGUAAUUAUAAAACAAAAGAAAAUAUAAUUACAAAUGAUCAACUUGCAGAGUAUGGUUAGAUCUUGUACCGGUACACAGAGAAUACAAUGUGCCAAUUAAUAAUGUGCAAUGACGUAAGCGAAUAAACACAUAAGUACACAAAGAAUAAUACACGUCUCGUGAAGUUAAAAUAUAUCUAUCUGAAUCUCCCUCCCUCUCUGUGCCUGUCAAUCCUUUAUAUAUGUGGGUCUACCGACGCGUCUAGAAACACCCUUACUUUUCUAAUACAAUCGAGAACCUUCGAAAAGACACUAGUAGACAUACUAACCAUGUUUAAUUGGAAGUCGGUAAUAAACAAGAUACAUCAAAGAGAUUUAACCACGCCCACAACAAACGUUACUGUCUGCUAGGAGUCUAAUGCGGGGUUAAAGAAAGUUCACGCACGGGAAUAUGUGUACUACAUAACAAUUACCAUAUUCAGUAUUUAUUUAUUAUCUAGGAUCGGCUGAAUAAUAUAUAUACACAACAUUGGAUUAUCGUAUGCAAUGCAACUAUGUGUCAAGGUAACAGCAGUUUUUUUUUUUGUUGCAACAAUGGAAAAGUCAACUAUCAAUGCCGAAAAGCUAUAUUACAGUGUGAUGAAUUAUGAUUGAAUAGGAGACUUACAGAUACAGAAAUGUUCUUCAAAGUAAAUUUAGUUUCCUGCACAUAGACAUAAUCAUCAAUCAGGCUGUUAAUCAUUUAAGAACAGAAUAUUGAGCCUAAAAAAGACAGUUCCUGUACAGAGAAUGAUCUUUACAUUGUACAUCUACACCUACCACUGCAGUGCAUAGUUAAAACUGUUGUGUACUGUAUGCCAACCAAGAGAGAGUAAAAGCAAGGAAAUCUCUGAAGACUCUGACAGAGACAUUUUGAGAGGACCUUAAUAAAAAUUAGACAUCAGUUUUAAAAAUAUUUAGAAAUAUGUCUGCUAGACAUUUAGAAAACUGGUAAUCAAUAGUUGCAAAAAAAGUUACCAGGUCAAUUAUUCUACACUUCCAAAAAUGUUUCACUGGGCAGCACUUUUAUAAGGACAAACUGCUGGCUCUGCAUCAAAAUUGAUAUUUAUAAGAAUAAUCUUUUUUUUUAAAUGUCAGCUCAUGGCAGUGAUGUUUUAUGUGUACAGAAGAAUUGCUGCUCCAGAAUUGUUUAUUUUUGAAGUAGCUAUGCAUUUUAUAAAUAAGUUUAGUUUACUAGUAAUUUAUGUUUUUAUAUGAUUUCAGAACUCCUCUUCAUCUAGCAUGUGUUCGUGGACAUGUGUAUGUUGUACAACUAUUAUUAGAAUGGAAAGCAAAACCAAACAUUGGUGACAGCCAGGCAAGGACACCUCUUAUGCGUGUAAGUUGUUUUUCCUUUUGUUAAUGACUUGUACAUCAAAUAAUGUAUUAGACAUUUCUUGCAUUCACUGCCGCAGUUAUCCACAUAUUAUUUUCCCAACAUUUGCUGUCCUGAUUACUGUUAAGAAACACAAUUAAGAGGAUAUAAGACUCACUUAUCAACCUUUUAAAAAAUAACUCAUAAAUUGUAGGAAAAAUACUAUUCUUGAUUUAGGAAAAGGUGGUAUCAUCUUCUGCUUUCCUAUUUGUGGCAUUUACAUUGAACUGUAAACUAAACUGAACCACUUCUGCAUGCAUUAAUUUUUGAGGUUAUCAUUUGAGAGCCAAGUCACUCACUGACAGUUUGUUUGUAAAUAAAGUCCUAAAGCAGUAAAAGACAUUAGAAGAAAACAUAUAAUUUGGCACAAUUACUUUUUAUUGAAACAUUGAUCUUAUUAACAGUUAAAACUCUACUACAUGGUAUAUGGCAAAUAUUUCUUUAUAAGUUUUAGUUUAAAAAGCUUCUCUCACACGAAGCCACAGACAAGCAGAUAGUAGAAUAAAUUGUACACUAAAUGGGAGGAUAGGAAGAGAUUUUAGGACUUCGCUUUCGCCUGUGAAUUUCAAACUCUAAAUAUUGACCCAUCUUUGGCUUUGUUGAGAUUACUCUCUGCUGCUUUCAGGUCCCUUCACAGGCCAUGUAUUUCAAUUACAACUUCACUCUCGGAGAACUCUUAGAAACUUACCAGUUUUCAAAUGCACACCAGAAUUCGUCUUCAGUCGCCAUUAGUAGCUUUAACAGUGUGAAACUUAAUUAUUUGCUACAUCCUUGAUGGCUCUUUGUCUCAUCUGGAGUUCAAAAGGAAAAUGAUCUAUUCACAACAGCAUUGCCCUCAUGUUUCUUUUCUUCAGACCCUCUAGACUUCCACCACAAACCUCCUCAAAGUCCGCCUGCCCCGGGGCAUCCUGCUUUGGUGACACUUUGUUCCGGUGGCACCAUGCUCUGGUGGCUUCCUGUUCUAAUGUCACCUGGCUUUGUUUUCACCCUAUUCUGGUGACAUGCUGUUCUUGUAUUUAAGUUAAAUGAGUUCUGUUAUGAAACCGACUGGAGCGACCUCUGUCAAAAAUGCAUUUUCUAUUUGGUGUCACCUCCCUGCGACGGCACUACCCGGCGCAGAUGCAUCCCCCUAGUGAUGCAACUGGUUGGAAUUUUAUCCUUUUAGGAAUAGUUUUAAGAAAGAUGAUUUUAUUUUUAAUGUAAGGCAACCUACUUUCUCCUGAGUUUCCAGGCUCAUUAACAUUAGCAGUUUCCAUUAUAGCAAGUUUUUUAAUCUCAUAGAUAAAAGUAACUUUCUUCUAAGGAUCUAUUUUAAAUCAUUUGUAUUUUUUCCUCAAUGCAAUAUGCAAUUACACACCAAAUAUGUCUUAUUACCUAACAGAUUGUUAGGUGAUUGUCAAAUAUUCCGCCUGGUCUGAUAUAUUCUGAUGGCAAAUAUUUUGUCCAACCGUAUGUCAGAGUAGUUUGUUUCGGAUCUCGUCUCUCACUUGGUCAAUUAACUCAAACACUGAAUAAUUCAUUGUACACCAACAUCCACUUGGUACACAACGAUGUUACUACAUAAUUAUCCAUCAGAAAAUAUUAUCCGGCAAAAAACCCCACAGCGAAUCUAACCCAAAAUACUAUCUCACUCUGAUGCUCCAAAUCAUUCUCACCCUUUAUAACACAAAAAUCUAAGCACUCGUCCUUGACAUGAAAAGAGUUCCCACUCACACACUAAACUUAACUGUCAACAUCACCAUACACACUACACCUCUGAUGCCAUGACCUUGACAGUGAUCUGUUUUUUUUUAUUUUUGGCUUAUUUCUACCAACUAUGUUGUAGUUAAGAUCAUGCCUCAUUUCUAUGAAAAAGAACAGAAUAUUUUUGAGGUGUCUCUAUUCAAAAUAUGUGUGUGUUACAUAUUCUAUUUUUUUUAUUGUAAUAUUAUAAGAAAUGAGACACAAAUAGUUUAUUUAAGUAAAACAGUAUCACCAGGCUUUAAUUAAAAGACAAACUACACAUUUAUAUGUUUGGUUAAUGCCUUCAUCAGUAACACAAAAGCAAAUUUCAUAGAAAAGCAAAACAUGAAUCACUUUUUAAAAUAAGAAAUAAUUAUUAUAGAUAAUAUUUAAAUUGGAUGGGAAUUUAGACAUGUCUUUAUUAUGCGAGAAAUGUUACAUCAUUUACUUUAUAAUUGUGGGAUACUCACUAUCAUUGCUUUUUUUUUUUAAAUUUCAAAUUCAUAUUUUGUUGUUACUUAUCAUGACAAAAUACAGUCACUGACAAAUUAAUAAAGGUUCACACUUAUUUAAGAUUUAAAGGAAUUGUAAAUUGAAUAUAACUUUGUUUUAGUUAUUAUCUGGCUGUUUAUUUGUGGAUUUCCCUUGGGAAAAUAGUUUUUUGCUGCUUGAAGGUAAUUUUCUUUCAGAUUUCUGCACCACAUUCAUUAAGGUUAAAACAUCUUGGUAAAUCAGGUCAAACAAAUCUCAUAGGAAUUUAUUCUUAACAUAAUACUGAAAUCAUUUUCAUGCUUGCUCUGGAAUGUUAUUGAUCCAUGGAGAAACCAUAAGACUAAAUGCCUGGCAUUCCAUUGAUUGAGAUAAGAUUAUCUGGGUAUUGCUGUGCAGAGGUUUAAAUGUAUAUCUAUACAUUAGAAUAUAUCUAGCAGUGGGGGGUAGAGGUGUGACUUACCAUGCUGACAAGACAUUUAAAUUAAUGAGAUUUUAAAGACACAGUUGGAAGAUAAGGACCAGACAGAAUUCUUCUAUUUAAAAUAGAUUAUUGAUGAAGAUGAACAAAUAAAAUUAAUUUGCAAAAGACAGAUCCUACCAUUUAAACAGAUAUGUUAAAAUGCACCCUACAUUUUUGCUAGGGUAGUGAAAAUUUAUAAUAUUAUAACAGAAGUUUUGAAAUAACAUGAGAUAAGAUUCUUUUAUUGAUCCAAAUAAAUGGAAAAGUUUUUUUUUUUUUAUUACAAUGUACUUAUUCAUUUUCAGCAGAUGCAUAAAUAUUCUUACAAAGACAAACAUUUUUAAACUAGAACAAUUUAAUGCAAGACAUCUCAGGUAUUUCUCAAGUUCAAAAAUCAUCCAUCAUACGCCAUGAAAACUUAAUUAGUGAUAAUAUUGACCUUAAGGUCGAUUGUUUAGAUGUUGUAACAGCCGGGAGAGCACACUUAUCUUGUAUAACAUGUUUUCGGGCAUCACUUUAUAAAUUAUUGCCAGAACAAACGAAUUUUUAAAUCCCUUUAAAGUUUUACUUUUAUGGCUAAAUGGAGGAGACGGUAAAAUGUUCAUUAAAUUACUUUGAUAUGGGGUUAGAGGUUUGUAGGGUGGUAAAUAGAAGGGUUUGAGGGCGAAGGUUAUAAGGCAGGGGUUUGGGAAUGGUAUUGGGGGAGUAAGGAGGAAAAACAACAGAAUUUCAACGUUUUUUUUUUGUGUUUUUUUUUUUACAAACCUGGAUUAUAACUUCUUUAUUGAAUACCAAGUUAAAAAAUGUGUAUACUUCACUCUUUUGUGGUUUUAAAAUUUAAAUUGAUUUCUUAACCAAAUAUAUAAUUAAAAUUGUUGCUCAUUGUUUUAUGUUGGUUUUCACAUUUGUGUGUGUGUGUGGUUGUAGCUCCUUUUCACAUUUGUAAUGGAAGUAAAGAUGGAAAUCGAGCCCUCUUUCAGCAGUUUGGGUUCAGUUCAUUUACAUUUCAGUAACAAUUUAAGUUUGGUUUUUGGGCUAAUGAUCAUUCGAGAUGCCACGACUUCAGGUUAGGCAUAUGGAUCGAUUUAGGGUUCAGAUUAGGCAUAGGGAUCGAUUUAGGGUUCAGGUUAAGCAUAGGGAUUGAUUUAGGGUUCAGGUUAGGAAUAAGGGUCGAUUUUUGGUUAAGGUUAGGCAUAGGGGUCAACCAAGAUGACGGCGAUUGACAAAAUAGUGGCAUCCAUACUCACCAUUUACCGGUUUUUGUAACAAGUAAAGCUCUGGUUCUGUUUGGCAACAACUCAAGUUAAAAAGUUAAAAGUAAUGAUCGCAAUUUUGAAAUUAGUUUGGGUUACGUACCAUUAUGAUGCUUAACAAAUUUAAUCAGUUGUUUUAAAAUUUGGCUCAUUUGAUGAACAAUACGUAGUGACAGACUGAAAACCAGUAUACAAAGAAAAAUGAUACCAAAGCUAGAGAUAUUAGCAAUAAAUUUAAUUAUGCUGUAAAGUUGAUUUAAAAAUUUAGAAAUAAAACUAUAUUAACUUACAGCCCAGUAAAUGAAAAAGUGUAAUAGUAGAAAGGUACAUAUAUUAAUCCAUAGAAAUGAAAAAUCUGGUAAGUUUUGUAGGGCUCCUGUAAGUCUCGUAAAAAGUCUCCCGGUCACAGUCGACCAUCAUAGUUAUAGUGAGGGAGGGAGGGAGAACCCUCCAGAACAGAAAUUCUAGAAAUUUAUUAAACAAGGAGUACUUCUCCCUCUAUAUCUUAUAAUGUAGACCCUUCUGAAAAUGUAAAAAAACUUUCCCAAUCAAUGGCAGUGGGGGGAAAAGCGUGGCAGUGUUAAUUGUUGAUGUCAAAAACAGAGGGGGAGGUAAGGCUCCUGGUGAACAAAACUAGGUCAACACACAGGCUAUAACAUCUAAACACAAUCAUUGACACUUAGGCGUCUUAGGUAGAUAUCCUCUACUUUUUGUUUUAGACCCGCUCAGCAAGCCCUUGAGUUAUUUUUAAGGAAUGAGCUUUCUAUUUUUUAAAAUCAUAUCCAGAUAAAUGCAGCUAGGGAGAUAAUAAGUUUGAAUCAGUUAUAAGCUUACCCACAGUCCAUAGCUGAAACUGAACACUGGAAAGGUUAUCGCAUUAAUGUAAUUUCUCAUAGUUUUAAAUCUGGUGUCUCAAUAUUUUGAGGGUGGUAUCAAAUUAAUUAAGUUUAAGAACAUAUCCUUUUAUUUAUCCCACUUUAAGCUCUAAAAAUUGAAUAUAACAAACUAAAACAGAUUUUUGUUGUUUUUAGAUUAAAUGUAGUAUGUUGGAGAAAUGAUUCUUACACACACACAUACAUGAAAAAAAUAUUUGAAAUUAUAAGAUCUCUCAGAGUUUUUUAUUCAUUUACACCUUGUGUACUUUGACUAAUCUCCAGGCUGUUGAGUGCCAGCAAGAAGGUUGUGUCAAGCUACUCCUCGGUGAACAUGUGGACAUUGACACUGUAGACCUCCAGGGCCUCACGCCCUUACAUCUGGCAGUGGAGUCAGGGAACACAACCAUCAUCAAAGAUCUGAUUAAAGCUGGAGCUUCACUUAAUAUCAAAGAUAAGGUAACUGUGCUCAUUUCUCACAUUUGACUAAAGGAAUAGGGCAGUUCAGCACAUUUCUAGCAUUCAGUAUCGGUUGGGGCAGUUCAGCUUAUUUCAAACAUUCAGUAUUGAAUGGGGCAGUUCAGCUCAUUUCAAACAUUCAGUAUUGGAUGGGGCAGUUCAGCUCAUUUCUAACAUUCAGUAUUGGAUGGGGCAGUUCAGCUCAUUUCUAACAUUCAGUAUUGAAUGGGGCAGUUCAGCUCAUUUCUAACAUUCAGUAUUGGAUGGGGCAGUUCAGCUCAUUUCUAACAUUCAGUAUUGAAUGGGGCAGUUCAGCUCAUUUCUAACAUUCAGUAUUGGAUGGGGCAGUUCAGCUCAUUUCUAACAUUCAGUAUUGAAUGGGGCAGUUCAGCUCAUUUCUAACAUUCAGUUUUGGGCAGGGCAGAUGAGUUUAUUUCUCUUAUUUAGCUAUUGGAUUGUUAGGUUGAGCUAGGCUUUUUUAACCGGGGUUCCGUUGAACCUAAGGGUUCCAUAAGCACCAGCCGGUGGUCUGUAAUAAUAUAAAAAUAAUGCCUGAAAUCUCCAGGGACCAAGUCUGAUAGUGCUGUCACUGUUUGGUAAUGAGUCAUCGUUGAUCCACUUAUCUACUUUAGAUGUUGUCCAAUAGUUCAAAUGCAUCAGAUAAAUUGAGCAACGCUUAACAACAAGAUAAAGCGCACAAUAAUGUGGCGAACUUUGAUUGGGCGCUAAGCUCGAAUAAAAAACAAACCGCUACAUUAGAGAAAAGUUCAAGAUGAGUGACAAAGCUCAAGAAGCAAGUUAUGCUGUAGCAGAUAUCAUUGAAAAGAAAAUGAAAUCGCAUACUGUUAUGUAGUACACUUUUCCCCCGUGCUUGAACUUUGUUUCACCCCACAUUAGAUUCCUAGCAGACGGUAGCGUUUGUUGUGGGCGUGGCUCAGCCUUUCAUGUAUCAAGUUUACUACCGACUUCCAAUUAAUCAUGGUUAGUAUGUCUACUAGUAUCUUAUGGAAAGUUUUUGAUUGUAUAAGAAAAGUAAGGGCGUUUCUAGAAUGUCGAUAGACCUACAUAUAUUCAGGAUUGACAGGCACAGAGAGAGAUGGAUAUAUAUUUUUAACUUCACGAGACGUGUAUUAUUCUUUGUGUACUUAUAUAUUUUUCGAUUCUCUCUGGCAUAUUCCCUCCCAUUUUUAAACGGUCGAUUGUCCUGCCCCUCCUAAAGAAACCCUCACUUGAUCCAAACACACUCAAGAAUUACCGCCCCGUCAGCAACCUCUCCUUUCUCUCAAAAAUCAUAGAAAAACUCAUACUCUCUCAGCUCUCUGGCUAUCUUCAUUCUCGCAAUCUCUAUCCUUCCUCUCAGUCCGCCUACCGACUUGGUCAUAGCACAGAAACAGCACUGGUCCGAGUCAUGAGUGACCUCCUGCGCGCGAUGGACGAUGGCAAACUCUCUAUUCUCACUCUGUUAGAUCUCUCUGCUGCAUUUGAUACCAUUGACCACCAGAUUCUUCUUGACCGCCUUCAUCUUUCUUUCGGACUUACUGGCUCAGCUUUAAACUGGUUUCAAUCAUAUCUUUCUGACAGAACUCAAAAAGUCUCUAUUUCCAACCGCUCUUCCAAACCUUCAGCCCUGUCUAUUGGAGUUCCUCAAGGAUCGGUCCUUGGGCCGGUCCUUUUCAUCCUCUACACUAAACCUCUAUCAUCUCUCAUUAGCCACCACUCAGUUUCCAGUCAAUCCUUUGCUGAUGACACUCAAAUCAGUGACUCUUGCUUUCCUGAUCAACUAACUAACGCACAUAUUCUGGUGAAGGUCUGAGAUUACUCUCUUAUGACCCCGGCUAGUAAAUUGGCUGAUCAACUUGAUGCCACAAUCCUUCGCAUACAGGAGUGCGUGGACGAUGUAAAGCGUUGGAUGACUUGCAACAAACUGAAGCUAAAUGAUGAUAAAACGGGAAUCCUUCUCAUCCACUCUCAAAACAAACCUCUCCCUCCAUUCGCUCCUUCUUCUAUAUCUAUUGGCAACUCUGACAUUACACUCUCUCCCUCUGCCAGAAACCUUGGAGUCACGCUUACGGACACCCUCUCCAUGGAGAAACAUGUCACGAAUAUAUGCAGAUCAGCAAAUAACGAAAUUAGAAAAAUCAGCACCAUUAGACACCUCCUCUCCUUUGAUGCCACAAAAACUCUCGUCUCUUCACUCAUUCUUUCAAAAUUUGACUACUGUAACAUUCUUCUCUCAGGCAUUCCUCAACACCACAUAGAAAAACUUCAGAAGGCACAGAACUCAGCAUGCAGACUCAUUUUUCUGAACUGUUGCUUCCUUACAUCCCCACAAGACAACUACGUUCUUCCAUUGACAGUAGAACCCUCUCAAUCCCAAGAACUAAAACUAAGACCAUCGGUGAACGCUCCUUCUGCUUCCAUGGGCCCAAGUUCUGGAACCAGCUCCCCCUUCCAUAUACGUCAUAGUGAAACCUCGUCCAUUUUCAAAUAGUCCCUUAAAACUCAUCUGUUUAGGUCCGCCUAUGACCUGUGAUGCACCCUCCUUGCCCUACCUCAUUUUCUGUUUCGGGUUGAUCCUGAAGUUUCAAAGUGUCCUCGUUUUAUAGCCAUUUUCAUUGUUUCUAUAGAAUAGUAGUUACUAUCUUAGUGUCUCAUUUGUAUUUACUUAGUUUACAUGUUUUAAUAAUUGUAAAGCGCUUAGAGCUUUAUGAUAAGCGCUAUAUAAAAAUGCCUAAAUAAAUAAAUAUGUGUUUAUUCGCAUUGAUCAUUCAUCAUUAUUCAUUGGCACAUAGUACUAACUGUGUUAAAUGUGUACCGGUACAAGAUCUACCAUACUGUAAGUUGAUGAUUUGAAAUGAUAUUUAUUUUGUUUUAUAAUUGUAUUAUUACUAAAUUAAAUCGUAAUUGGUACUGUUUUGGGUGUCAUAAUUUUGUUAUUUUAUUUCUCUAUGGUAUCGUGUUAGGCACUGUUUGAACGAGCCAUAAAUUUAAAAUAGGAGAUUUAUUUCUCACAAGAGAAGCCAGUGCGUAACACAUACCUUUAUGCUCACUGAAACCAUAAUCUUACCUGCAUGCAGAGUAAUUGUCAGAGUCAUGUUUGACGAGAGUGCCAAAUCUGACAUCAAUAAAAUUUCACUGUCUAGACACUUUGAUAAGCAGACAUAUUUCCAACAUUGAAAGUCACGUUUUAGCAAAGAUAAAGACACAUGCAUUCUUUGCACUGCAGGUGGAUGAAAAAAUGACGUCAGUGGUAAAUCACAGCUUAUGGGGUUUGUACGUUUCGUUGACAACGGAACUGUUGUUGAAGAUUUUUUUUCUACUGUAUGGAAUUACCAGAAACAACAAAAGGACAAGACAUAUUUGACAUUGUCAUUUCUUAUUUGCAGUCCUGUGACUUGAACUGGAAAAAAACUGCAUUGGCAUUCUUACGGAUGGCAUCCCUGCCAUGAUGAGAAAUGUCAAAGCUUUUGUCUCUCUGGUGCAACAGAUGUCUACAGCUUUCAUGGUCAUGGAAGCGAACCAUAUCAUACUCAUCCAACACAUGGCCAUAGGAUGGUUAUCUUGCAGGAAAGUUUAAUCUCAUUACUACAAAAAAUGUGGAAUGCAAGGCAGAAAAGAAAACAUCUUGACUCCAUCUGAAAAAAUAAAUGAAUUUUUAAAACGUUGGUGAUUUGGAAGAAGCAUGCUUCUGUCGGAAAUUUGGAAAUGUUUACCAGUGUUGUUGAAAGAAAUUACCAAGACAUUCUUCCAUUGAUUGUGAACCAUUUCGGUGCUCUGUUGAAUAGUCUCAGCAAAUAUUUUCCGGCAAUAUUUGUUGACUAUUACAAUUGGGUUAGAAACCCAUUUCUGGAAUUUGAAAUGUGCCAAGGACAGUUUACUUUGAAGGAAUAUGAGUAGCUCAUUAGUGUUGUGUGAUGGAUAGAACGCUGAAGCUAAAACAUGGAGAGUUAAACUUAGAUGCGUUUUGGUUACUAGUUAAAAACAAGUACCCGUCUAUCACUGAGAAAGCUUUGCCACAUCUGUUGCAGUUUUCAACUUCUUACAUGUGCAAGUUUGGAUUUUACUAUGACCACCAUCAAACACAAGAAACGAAAAUGACUUUUGUCUGUUGAAGAUGUCAGGUGUCUCUCUCGAACAUUCGGCCACGAAUUCAACUGAUUUGUAGAAAUCACCAAGCACAAGACAGUUUCUCUAUGAAAUGUUUGCUACUGCAAACUGAUGCUAAUGGGUAAUAAAAAAAGAACUAGUAACUAGUAAUAUCAUCUAUUCUGUCAACACAAGUUUAUUUUUGAUGGGGCUACAAUUACAGUGUUACAUGUAUACACCUGUAUCAUACAGUGUUUUUUUUCGUGCAUAACUUAGUUUAGAAAAAUGAUUUUUUUGUCCAUUUGGAAUAGAACGAACCCUUUUGUCACUGAUGGAGUUCUGUGAGCAAUCUAAUUGCUCCAAAGGUUUCAUUCCAGUAAAAAGGUUGAAAACACUUGGUUGAGCUAUAUCCUCACUUUAAAUUUUGGGUAGAGUGGCAGAGCUCAUUUGUCUUAUUUAAGUUAAGACACCUUGCACACAUUCUCACGUUAAACUAAUGCAUUAAGGAGUUUAGCUCAAUAAUCACAUUUAACAUUGGAUAGAGCAGUUUAGCUUUAUUUUCAAAUUAAACUAUUGGAUAAGUCAGUUUAGCUCAAUGCUCACAUUCAAGUAUUGGUUAAGGUUCCAUUAUGCAAAAUAAACUAGCAUAUCUUGUGUUCAUAAGGAGGGAUUGGCUCCCCUGCACCUGGCUGUCGGCACCAAACAAUUUGAAGUCUGUGAGCUGCUGCUGAAGGAAAAGGCUGAUGUGAAUCUGAAGGACAACAAUCUAAGGUACAAAUUAAAUUUUAUGUUAUGGACUACACUAUUUUAAUUUUUAAGAUAAAAAGAUUCAAGUCCAAAAUUUUAAUUUUUAAUUUAACGUAAAGCUUUGGUCAAGGUUUUAUAUUUUUAUUUUAACUCAUAAUGAAAAAUAAAAAUUGUAAACCACGGCUCAAUUUGUGUUUCUUAAACAUAAAAAAAACUGAUCUUUUAUAACCUAUGUCAAAUGAUCAUAAACAAAUGUUCAUACAUGUUAUUGAUGUUUUAAUAUCAUAAAUAAAUAAUAAUAAAUUACCUGGCCUUGGUGUGUACCACAUUUGUUCCUGCUAAAUUUGAUAUUAACCUGUGAAGCAUAUUAACUCCUUCUGGUUUGUUAAAUGGCCAGGGGAGUAGCCAGGGAAAAUCGCUGUGAACACUGAAUUAAAUUAAUUAAUUUUUUUAAUGUGAUUUUCUUGUGUACAGGACACCAUUAAUAUUGGCGUGCCAUGACGGCUCUAUACCUAUUGUUGAACUGCUGCUCGAGUACAAGGCAGAUGCCUCUCAUAAAGAUGCCAAAGGUUAGUUCAGUAGAUGUAUACGCUUCUUGUCUUGAUUUUUAAAUUUUGGUUUGCUUUUUUAAAUGCUAACAUGGUCUGCGUGUUGUUUUAACUGUUUUAAAUUAAAUUUUUAGCCGUUACUUUAAAAAGGCGGACUUCCUUUAGGAUACCUUGAGAGGAUGUGAAGGGGAUGUAAUUCCAAAAACCAAGGUGCAGAUGACUCAUGGGUGGACACCACUGUGAUGCAUUGAUGAUGCUGGCAGAUCUACUUUAGGGGUCCAUAGAGGGAGACAAAAACUCAUAGUUUGAUCCUACUGGUAUUGCAUGUCAAAGCCGGCUACGUGCUGUAGAACCAUUUAAGAUGAUGAUUACUAAAUUAGCUUCCUUGAAAAAUAUGCUUUAUUGUUUCUUUUCGGGCAGGUUGGUCAGCAGACGACCAUGCAGUCAUACAGGGCCACCAUGCUUGCUGUCAGCUCAUAUCAGACCGCACGCUGGCCAAGCGCCCGAGCUCAACAUCAACGCCUCGUUCUAUAUCCCAGCCGGGCAGCUCCUUGAGCACGCCCAGAGAUAAAGGUUUUAUGGGGCUUCCUGUGGCUGAUGGGGGAGGUAAGGCCUGGUAAACAAGUCUGGAGUUGGGCAGGGUAGGGGUAUAGUGUUACCAGGCAUACUGUAAGAAUGGGCUUCAUCAAUAAAUAAGAUGAACUUAAUGGCCCUUUCAAAAUGAUAUUUCAAUAUAAAUGUUUGUAUUGGCUACCCAUAAAGAAUCCCAAUUAAAUAAGGAAAAUAUUAUUUUAAUUUUUUUUUAAAACCACAAAGAUCAACUCUAGGGAUGUGUAUAAAAACCUCUUAAUUGGAAACUUGUUUUGAAUGAUUUUACUUCAAGUGAUUAUGUCACUUUAUUACCAGUAAUAUCCCUAAAUCUUCAGCACAGUAUUCAUUUUAAAUUCAUUUCCAAAUAUAAGCCAAUAAGAAUUCAGAGAAUAGAAAGCCUGACUAAUGAAAGUGACCUUUAAACACUUAAUUUAUUUUUUAUUAAAAGAUGUUAUAUUUUUAACUCCUUCACUUCAUUUGUUGUAAAAGUAGAAAGUAACAAUAAUCAAUGGUUAAUGAUUUAUUGGUAUGAGAGUACCUGUAAUGUUUGAUUUACAUAAGGCAAUUAAAAUGAAUAAAUUGUUGGAAUCUGUCAUGAUCUGAUAUAACAGCAGGUGAUGACUCAGAUAACGAGACCAUCAGUAAAGCUUCUGGUGCACCCGGCUCUGACUCUUGGGCUGACUCACCUGAUGUGUCCACUGGGGAAGACCUCAAGAAAGCUAAGGUAGAUAUUUGAUGAUUUGCAUUAUAUCUUAACAUUUGAAGCAUUCUGAAAAUGUCAGCCCACCUAAAUGAUGAACUUUCACAUUUUAGUAAGGGAAUUUUUCUCAAGUUCAUUGACCCUAGUUUUGUUUCAGUGGCAAACUGCUAUUUUUUAAAACGAAAUGUUAUCUUAAGAGACAGUGUGUUUCAAUUAAUUAAUAUCUGUGGGGCACAAUGGUAGCAUGUCUGCCUAAUUGCUUGGAGGAAAUGUGUUUUAAAUUGGAGAAGGAAAAAUAAAAGUGGGGGAGGUGGGUGGGUAGGUGUUAAACCUGAAGAGAAAAAUUCAGCUACUGCUGUCAACCUAAAUAAAGAUAAUAAUCCGCUCAUUUCCCUCUUGACACAUUGGGUGAAACAAUUCUUGAAAAUGUAAAAACUAGAAACAGCACUGUUUUAUAGCUGCAGCAGCACUUAGUUUAAAAAAAACACUUGACCUUUAAUAAUUAAACAUGAUUCCAUUCAGACUUUUUCUUGCUUUGAACAAACUUAACUUUUCAUGCAUGAAGUAAUAAAGUUUCAGAAUUCAUCCAGCUGGAAAUUAUUUGGCAUUGAUUAAGAUUUGAAAGGCCGUUAUAUCCAACCAUAAGUUAAUAAACAAAUUACCAAUCUCCCUGUAUCAUGUUCCCUAUUUUUGCCAAAAUGCCACUUCUCAGAAGGACAACGAUGACUCUGAUAUUGAUGAGAUGUUUGAGGAAGAUAAUAUCGCUGUAGGUAUUAGGUGGCUUUUUAUUUACUGCUUUCAAUGUUCCACUUGCUUUAAUUUGUUUGGUUGCUUGGGGCUGUUUGACAUUGACAAUGGUUGGGUUGUUUGAGGUAUUAUCUUGUUCUCAGGGUUUAAAUAUAAUCUAGAUAAUGAAGGGAAAGUUCAUGGAAAGAAGAAUUGUGGAAAGUUCAUGAAGAAGAUUUUAUCCUUCAUUAUCAGGUUGAAAUAUUACAUUUAAAAAUGUAUCAAAAGUCUUCAGUUUCUGACUCAAAUUAAGACAUGCCUCAAUGUUUUUUCCUUGCAUUUGCACUUGAAAGUAUUUAUUUAUUGACUUGUUUCUAUUAAUGUUUACCAAAAAUUCAAUGCUCGUAAGAUGAAAAAAAAAUCUGUUGAUGACUUAUUGGUGAAGGUCAUACGAGUUUAAAUCUGUUACUUUUUUGCUCCUGGAAAUUUACAAAUUGUGUGUGUACUUUUUUGGAAUAUUGUGCAAAUUUAUCACAGAUUAUUUUUUUUUUUAAGUUUUAUUAUGGUGGUGUAACUAGCACUGUAAAUCGAGGUGGGCAAAAAGGGUCAGACUGUAAAAUAUUCAUCAUAUUAUCCUAAUAAUUUGCCCUUGCAUGCCUUUAUAAACUGCACCUCUUGCUGUGAACUUUUCCAGGGCUGCAAGAUCACAAUCUGAAACUAAUUCCUGAGCCAUUUCCAUUACUAUUGUAAUUUUAUGAUUCCAUAGCCUUGGGAUGUUCAGUCUUUGGUGUUUUUCUUGUGAUUUAUUUAUCAUCAUUUAUUCCCUGAGCUGGGUACUAAUAUAUAUUGGGAUCUUUUUCUUUUCAUAGAAGUUGCACUGUGUUUUCUUCCACAAAAAUGAAAAAAACAACAUGUUCAAUGUUUUUUGUUCCCUUUGUUAUUAUAUUUAUUUUAACCUUUCAUCUGCAUAAUCACUUUAACACUUUUUAUUUUUGACUUGUGCUACAUCUACAGUGAAGUCAGUCUUAUGAAUCUCUGUCACAAAUCAUUUUCAUUCUUACUAUAGGCACUGGUAAUGUGUGAGCGUCUCUUGAAUAAAAAAGCCAAAUUUAGUCACCUAGGCAUCAUUUCAACUAAAUUCCACCUUAAUGAUUGAUAGAUUUUUUAUAAGUGUGCUUUAUGAAUUUUAUAGAAUGAUAAGCAAAUAUUACACCACCACCACUCAACCUGUUGUUCACACUUCAUGACACAAAUAAUCACACCAUAUUGAUAAAUGAAAUAUUAACCCAGAAUUAAGUAUAGAAAUACAAUGGAGAAAUAAGGAUGUUAUGUAAGUCUGGGUUAUAAAUUCAUUUUAGUUUUGUGUGGAUUUCUGUUUUAUUAGGUGUCACUUCUUUUUAAUUCUUAUCUUUUAUAUUAAAUUCACAAAUAUCUAUAACAACAAAUAUAUCAAAAAUGAUACAGAAAAAAUUAAAGCUAGCUUAAAUUUGCUGGAAAUGACAAAUUAUUCAAUUGUCUUUGUAUGAUCUGAUGCUGAAGCAUGAUGAACAACCCAAAGUAGCUUAAUCUAUCGAAUUAUUUACUUCAGGAAUAACAAGAACAUUCUUUUGUACACGGGUAAAAUACACAUAAUUUGGCUUAAAUUAAAAAAGUUUGCACUUUAUCUAAAAUGCCUGUAGCUGGUUUUAGCUGACUAUGCUACAAUGUAAAUUGUAUUUUGUAGCUUCUGUGUAGAGACAUUGUACUAAAUAGACUUUCUUUGACUCUUGCAGCACAGUGCACCUAAGAUCAGCCUGGCCAAGUUUGCAAAGAGCAUUCACAUUUCAGAAAGUGACACAGAUGGUGGUGAGAUAAACUUACAAUUUUUAUAAUAAAAAUUUAUGUUGCUCAAAAAUUAAUGUUAAUAUAUUUUUCAGUCAUGAGUUUUCAAGAAUAAAUUUAGUUGUUUUUUUUUAAAUAUUUUUAUAUUUUUUAAAAUAAAUUUAUAGCUUAAAUGUAGCAAAUGGUCUUCCUAAGACCAUUAUAAUUUGUUUUUAAACUUAUAAAAUCCUGCAAUCCUGGAUUAAACAAAGAAAUAUUAAGAACAUCCAUGAAUACCAACAUAAGACUAUAAAAUGAACAAUUAAGCUGAAUGUCUUACUCUGUGAACACAAGAAAAUCAGAAAACAAGAACUUAGGUUGCAGGUUGCAAACAAGUUGGUGGGAAGUUUUACAUGGAUUAAAUGUGGAAAUUUGUUUAAUUGUAAUUUUUUAUAUAAAUUGAUUUAUUUUUCAGCAUGACCAUCCAUAUGUCAUUCUUGAAUGUAAUUUAUUUUCAUUAUAUUUGUUUAAAUUCAAAAAUAUUAUUCAUUUUAAUUGCUCAAAACAAAUUGAAGGCUAAUGGAAGGCUACAGACAAUGAAGCUAAAAUUGCAGCUAUGUAAAAUCAAUCAUAUGCAAGAUGAAAUAAUUUUGUCAUCAAAACAAUUAAUUAGUUUAUGAUUAUUUUUUAAAAUUUCUUUUAAAUAUUAACAUUAUUUCUUUACACAUAAAUGAAUGAACUGUGAAUUGAAACCACUGAGCCAGACUUUGAUGCGGCUACCCUUAUUGAGUUGUUGGUUUGGUUUGUUAGACAGUCUUAGCAGUGUGAGAAAUCAGAUCCGGGCACUGUCAAACUAUUUGUCUGCUCUUUUAGAGUCUGUGCGGGGCUCCACCCCCAAGAGAAAAAUGUCAGUCAUAGACAACCCGAUGGAUCAAAUCAAAGACCAGCCUCAAGUUGCAACUACACCCAAGCCAGAAAACACAAGGCAGACAUCCUGGCAAUCACAAACAUCUGGAGAAGAGAACUCCUGGGGUGACUCUCCAGUAACUCCUAGAAAAAACAAUUCUGCACAGAGAGUUUCUUUCAAGAAAGAUGAGGAGCUCUCAGAAAUACAUAAUAUAGUAAGCACUCAAUUUUGUCUUAUGUAUCUCUGGAUCUUUAAAAAAAUUUAAUUUAAUUCGAAGAGAUCAUGGUUUGAAGGACAGUACUGAUGUCAGUGAUAUGUUGGAAAAAUAAAACACUUAACAGGAAGUUUAUCUCAUAACUUUACCAUUGGAUAACAAUAGACAGGUAACAUAAAAUAAUAUUGUUCUCACCAUCUAAAAUUGAAAACUCAAAAUAGGCAAGGCAAUGUGGAAAAGUUAUAAUCAGAGAGUAGGCUAUCAAAUUUAUAAUUAACAGAACAGUUUUUGUUAAAUAUUCUUCUUAUAAAACAAAAUAUGUACCUACACUUUUUUAAAUGACACAUCUUGGCCUUUUACAUUUUUUCUUGCUUGGUCCCUCAAUCCCAGGUGUAUGAAAAAACCUGUUAGGCCUCAAUGUUAUUUUGUGGUGUUGUUGGGAGUAACAUGUAUUAGAAGGUAUGAACUGAAAUACAUGAGUGAAUUAUGGAGCCACGAUGCUUCAUUUUUAGCAUUGUUUUUUCUAACUUUUUACAGACAGCAGCAGAGGAAUCAGAUUUGGACUCAAAUAUUUAUGCUACUGUCAACAAGUCUUUAAAGACAAGAGUUGUAUGUAUCCCUGCAUACCAGUUACGCUUUCUGAGAUUAUAACACUGGUUAACAAAUUACUCAUUGUGGCCAUUUAUCGAGGAUCACUAGCAGCAUUAUUUGAAUGAUUAUGUACAGUUUGAUAAACACAAUAUUUGAUUACAUUAGAAGCCAUAAAAACAUUUGGUUAUGGAAAAACAACUGGGUUUCCCCCAAAAACACUGAUGUAUUAUUAAAUCUAUCAAACUAUGAACAUUCAAUACAUUGGUCAUAAAUAAUUGCAAUUGAUGACAAAUUCAAUGAAAUGCUCAAUGGUAAAUAUUUUUUUGGUUGAUAAACAGUGUUUUUUUUAUAUUGCCAGACAACCUCCACACCAGCUAAAGCAGAGGACGAUGAAGAUGAUGGUUACAUGCCCACUGGCGUGGCACCUCCACUCCCUCCAUCUUUGGAUAAGAUGAGAGGUAAGGGUUAG